UUAGAAGCGUGCCUCCAGUUUGGUGCUUGUAGUACAGCAUAUGACAAAACUUGAAUUUAUUAGCCCACCAAAAAUGUCUAUGACCGGCAUUGUUGGAAGUACACAAAUACAUCGGCAAAGUUAUGCGCGGAACAAUCAGCUAGCUUGGCUAGCUAAUAUUAGGCUGCUGCGGCUAGCUGUAGCUGCUAACUGGUUACCAAUAGCUGUUAUACUGUUUAGUUGCUAACCAUGUUGCUUGUGUCUGUGCGCUGCCGUUGAAAUGUAAACCCUGGCGCAACAUAAUGUUAGCAGAGAGCCCCUCCAUCAUUAACGUGUUUAAUUCAUUGUUGGUGGACUUGCCUGAAUCAGUUGUCGAGCUAGUGUAGCUAACGUGUACCUGAUGUCAGUAAGCUAACGUUACCAGAGGGGCUACAGCUGAAAUCGCCACGAUUCUUUUCUGCACGAUGCAGUUAACAGGAAAACUAGCCGAGAAGAACUAGCGAAGGUGCACAUUCUGCUGCAGAGGAGAGAGCACCAGGAUGAGGAGACUGUAGGCACCCGCCGUAGUAUGGCCGCGUCCCGUUCCUCACGCGUCACAAGGUCGUCAGUGGGGCUCAAUGGAUUGGAUGAGAACUUUUGUGGUCGAACCCUCAGGAAUCGCAGCAUUGCCCAGCCGGAGGAGACCUCAGUGCCUCCGCUACCAAGGGCCCGCUCCCCUAAGAAGAAGCAGGAGUCCAAGCAGGAGUCCAAGCAGGAGUCCAAGCAGGAGUCCAAGCAGGACGCCAAGCAGGAGUCGAAGCAGGACACCAAACAGGAGGCGAAGCAGGACAUUAAGCAGGAGUCCAAGCAGGAUGUUAAGCAGGAGUCAAAGCAGGAUGCUAAACAGGACACAAAAUGGGACACCAAGCAUGACACAAAGCACGAUGCCAAGGAGGACACUCAGCAAGAUGGCCAGCAGCAGGCCUCAUUGCAGGGAAGGACAACUGACUCAAAUGUUUCUCCAGUUGAGGCGGAGCAAUGGACUGGCUCCAGAAAGCGGAGUGUGUCCUGUUUAGAAAAAGACAUUAGUCCUGAGAAGUCUGAGAACUGUGAUAGAGGGAAUGGGCCGCGAGAACCCUGCCCUCAAAUUAAAAGGGCCAAGCGAUGCUCCCGCUCUGGAGAGUCUCAGGGUCACGAGGAGGAUCCUGAGCUUUUGAAAUCUGAAAGUCCAGUCCCAGAGCCUAGCAAGGACAACAGUUGUGAAGAAUUUCCCAGCCAAAAUUCUGCUAAAACAGCUCCUGCCUCACCUGUCCUCAGUAAAGAGGAAGGUGGGUUGACAGGGGGUGCGGCAGAGCAUGGUCAUGUGGAGUGUGAAGGGGCUGCUCAAUCCCCAAAUGCUCACAAGGCCUCUAAUGGACUCAGAGAAAAUAGAGCAGAGGAACCUAGCACACUUACUGAAGAGCCUAGUGCAAGUCCCACCUCUGCCUCCAACUCCCCGUCGCUGCUCAACGGUAGUCAGACGGGGGCUCCCUCAUCCCCUGACCCUGCUGUGCCUUGUAGAAACUCUGUCCCUGUGCAGAUGGAGGUCUCUGGCUCAGGGGAAUCACCAGCCUCGUCUGAGCCGACAUUUGAGGCUGUUCCAGAGGAUCCUGUUCCUGAGUUAAUCUUGGCCAAGGAACAGGAGGUAGAGGAGGUGGAGGUUGACGUGGUGGGUGACCCGUUGUGUCUGGCCUACGAGGAGCAGGUGAUGGAGAGUGAGAACGACACCAACGGCCAGCUGCCAACGCCGGUGCAGGAAGCUGCUGCCUCCACCUCCUCCACUGUCACCAACAUGAACAGUAGUCCAAUCCACAACAACAGCAACUCAGGAGAAACUACACCCCCACUAGUAACAACCCCCUCCCCCACAGAGUCCGGGUGCAACCCCUCAAUUUCCAGCACGUCCCCCUCUUUCACAGAGCUCUACGAACACAGAUACACCCUGCGGACUUCACCCAGGAGGGCUGCCACUGGUGGCAAAGCUGCCUCCUCCUCCUCCUCCUCCUCCAAACUCAGCUCUCCCCCCAGAGACAAUGGUCCUUUGAGGGAAGAGGGGGAGGUGGUGGUUGGGAUGGAGGAGGAAUGCCCUAUGGUGGAGGAAUCUGCUCCUUCAGACUCUGUUGGCCCCUCCAGUGAGGAGCCAGUCUCCGUGGAUCCCAGGGACAAGACAGGUGACGAGGAAGGUGUGCCUGUGGAGCACAAAGAGCCUGAAGGAAGCAAGGAGCCUUCACAGAGCCAGGCUGCAGAGGAGGAAGAGGAGGAGGAGCCAGAUGUGUAUUACUUUGAGUCGGACCACCUGGCUCUUAAACACAACAAAGAUUAUCAGAGGCUGCUGCAGACCAUUGGAGUUCUCGAGGCCCAGCGCACGCAGGCCAUCCUGGACCUGGAGACGCUAGCGCGGCACCAGAAGGAGGCGCUCGCCGAUCCAAUCAGCUUUGUGGAGCAGCUGCAGAAACGGGUGAAUUUGGGCUUGCCGUGUCCUCAGCGAGUGGUCCAGCUCCCUGACAUCGCAUGGGAGCAGUACACCUCAGGCCUCGGAGACUUUGAGAGAGAGUUCUGUGACAAGAAACGCAAAACCAGGCAGCUAAAGCUGAUCUUCGACAAAGGUUUGCCCGAUCGACCAAAAAGUCCCGUCGAGCCCAAGAAGGAAGGCGAGACCUCCACCAUGUACUCCUCUCUGCCCACUAGUGACGCUCCAGAGAACGGCAGGCAAGCACAGAUGAUCAGGGGGAGGAUUUGUCACCCAAACAAGCCUGACACAUUUAACCAGUUGUGGACUGUGGAGGAACAGAAAAAACUGGAGCAGCUUCUUGUUAAGUUUCCUCCUGAGGAAGUCGAGUCCAGAAGAUGGCAAAAGAUUGCUGAUGAGCUGGGCAAUCGAACAGCAAAACAGGUUGCCAGUAGGGUUCAAAAGUACUUCAUCAAACUGACUAAAGCUGGUAUCCCUGUGCCUGGAAGGACACCCAACCUGUGCAUGUACACUAAAAAGUCAUCCAGCAAGAGGCAGCACCACCUUAACAAGCACUUGUACCGGCCAUCUACUUUCCUAACCUCCUAUGAGCCUCCGGUCUACAUGGACGAAGACGAUGAGCGCUCGGCGUAUUACGGCAGCGUGCCGGACCCCUCUGCUGAUGACUCGGAUGAGGAGUCUAUACCUGUGGAGUUGAGAAAUUUGCCGGAGUACAAAGAGCUUUUAGAGCUGAAGCGACUGAAAAAACAGACGCUCCACGACAUCCAAGAGGACAAGGCUGGUGUGCGGCACGUUGGCUACAAGUGUGACGUCUGCGGUAUGGAGCCCAUCCAGGGAGUGCGGUUUCACUGUCAGGACUGUCCGCAGGACAACUCGGUCGAUUUCUGCUCCAACUGCUCCGACUGCUUGUUCAAGACAGAAACCCACAAGCCUAACCACCACUUGGAGCCCGUGCACCAGCCAGAGACCUUCCUGGACCGGGACUACUGCCUGCCGCAGAGCUCAGGCUACAACUACCUGGACCCUAACUACUUUCCAGCCAACAGAUGACAGGGUCCCAGGUGCCUCUAGCUCCAGGCUCUCUCCAUAUAUCCCACAGGCCACUCUGUGCAUGGCUCCAUCCUCCAAGUCCAAGAUAACCGCUUAACCCGCCGCCAGGCAGGAAGGCCAGCAGGCAGGCAGACAGACAGCCAGGGGCCUCAGAGCAGACCAACGUGCUGCUGGUGGGGUGGGGGUUGUUGGUAAACUGGCCUCCCUGACUCAAGCGAAGGGUCGGCCAUGUCGGUUCCCCGGAACAAGGGGGCCUCGCUCCACCUCAGCCAGGUUAAUCAAUGGAUCUGUGAUUUGAAACGACACUAUUUUUAAAAAACAAAAAACAUACAAAACAAACAGAAGGCACACCGACAUUCCCGAGCUCUGUGACUCCAGGAGGGCUGUCCCUCUUCCCCCCUCCUCCCCCCUCAUCGCCCUCCAGUUACCUCCCCGUGCUGCUUCUCAACUGGAGAACUGACGGUCGUUCUGGUGAAGCGCCACCUAAUGGAGAAGUGUGCUCAUAGUGGACUGUGAAGUCAUCAGCUGAGAUACACAUGGGUGGUUUGUGUGUGUGUGCGUGUGUGUGCGUGCGCAUGUGUGGUCUCCGUGUUAUGCAAGAGUGAAAACUGUUCUAGCUAGGUAUCCUAGAUCGAGUAUUUAUGAGUCGCUGCUUCCUCAGCAGGAGUUGUGGCUGCUGCGAGAGAAGUUUGACGGCGUGGAACUUGACGUUGAGGUCGGUGUGUUUUCGGCUGCAGACUGUAGGAAGUUCUGCUGAUCCAUGUGAGGUUCUGCAGGCAAGCCCGUAUUGGUUAGACGGAUGUGUGCCAUGUGUGUCAGCAUGGCGCCGUCCCAUCCACUGUCACACGGCGCCGCUCUCUACCCUCCCUCCUUCAGACACACACACAGACACACACUUUCAUCUGUAUUUCCUUUCCCUCUGCUCUCUCCACUAAAACAUGUCUGACAAGCAAAGCACUACAGCAUGGAGAGCAAAUGUUUUCGAAGGCAGACGUGCAGGCGAAUGGGAACGUAUGGAAAAGACUGUUUUUGUUUUCGUUUUCCUCCUCCCCCGGUGUGUGCCGUUGUUGAUCAUGUUGAGUGUACAAGUAUAUGGUGAAAAGUAGCCAGCGCUAGUUGCUGUGUGCCAUUUUUAAGACAAACUAGUUUUGUUUUUUGUUUUUUUCCCCUUUUUUUGUUUUGUUUUUUGAGGGGGGGAGGAGGGCUUCCACCUCAGAACCUGGCCACAACUUCUCCCUUCCUGCAUUGCGACCCACGUUGUCCUACAUUAACGAUCCAGUCAUCAUGCCUCUAGAUCUUCUUUAAUUUUGCAGUCCACUUUAAAAGGUCCAUUUAAAAGAUUGUAUUUUUAUUAAUCUAUUUAAAAAAAAAAGAAAAAAGAAUUGAGGUAGAGGUUGGUGCCUCCACAGUGGAACAACCCACACAAUUUUAUACACAUAGAUUUUGUUGUGCUUGAGUAGACACCAUUUUGUAUGGUUUUUGUCUCCUUCCCUCACCCCUUUUGCCCUGCUUCAGUAUCUGUGUAUAACAGUCUGUUCUUAUGUAAGAAAAAAUAAAAAUAAAUUAAAAAAAAAUAAUAAUGUAAAAAAAAAAAUGCUAGCGGAGAAUCGUGGAAAUAAAAGUAUGUGAAAAUAGUGUUUCUAC